CAGCUCUCCACCCCCACUCAUUCCUAUGAUGAAUUCCCGUUUUUUUACAUACAGUACAUCUAUAGAGCUAUAUUCAUAUUGAAACCCCGACGUCUAAUAGGAAGUUUUUUUUAUAAAGGCCAGCCUCAUGCGCACUCCGACGCUCCCGCAUGCUGUUCGCAGCGCUACCGUCGUUCCGGCUGCCACCAUUGCAUCUCUCGAUCACCAAUUCAGAGGUCAGAUGGAUCUUCAAGCCAAGGGAACCGUCCCCGGUCAGCUCCGCGACAAAGGGAAAACGCCCGUUCAUGUCUCAAAGUCUACCGAAAGUCUCGCCUCACGGGUUAGUGUCAGGGAAGAGAUCUCACGGAUGAACGCUGCAAUGCAGAACAAGCAAGAAGAAGUUGCUCGCAGCCGCAAGUCUAGUACUGAGAGCACCACAAGCGCCUCAGGGAUUCGUCGAGCGGCGACGGUGGCAAGAGCCCCUUUGGCUCCUCAGACGGCUACCCUCUUGGCGAGUAUCGACACCGCAGCCGACGCCGAGCGAGUUCUUCGGACGGCAAUUGCAAACCAUGACGCUGUCCAAGCCGCCAUCAGGGACGCCACUGUAUCGGUCGAUGCCGAACGCCGCGCUGAGGUCCGGCGACGCAAGGAACAAGACGAGCGAUGGGAACGCAUGCGGGCAGCUCUCGCAAGAGGCGAGAUGGGUCCCGCUCCACCUGGAGAAAGAGACAUCCGCAUGAUCAUGGCGGAUCGAAAAAAGAUCGAUGCCCUCCAUGCCAAGAGGAGGCGGACAGCAAUGUCCAAAGUUAGACAAGACAACGAGAUGAGGUUGUCCAACAUUAAGGCUAGUCUCCAAGGCCUGGAGCCCCUCCUAGCUGGGUCAAACCAGGAGUGGGCCGACUUGACGCAGCGUUUCCAUCGGACGAUGGAACUUUUGAACGAGGUGGACGAUGUUCCCCUCGGCACGGAGGGCUCAAUGUCCAGCCUUUCAUCGGGAGAUGAAAGCGUUGAAGAGAGGGACGAGCAGCACAGGCCCCCAAGUCCACAGAGCCCUCCACUUGCACCCACCACAGCGGACUCGGUCGAGACCCUCCAGAUCGAAGUCGUCCAGCCCGCUCCCCCUUCGCCCCCCACCAAGCCAACCAUCCCGGACCUCCCCACCCUUCCAGCAGAGCCGUUCGAGCCUUUCGGGCCGUUCGAGCCCGCUCAAGCGGCAGAGCCGUCCCAACUGUCGCUCUCCUCGGAGGUGUUCCUUGCUCCGGAGGUUCCCCCGUCUCCGCCCUCCAUCCCCGCGGAACCGGCCGCUACCUUAGGGACGCCCCUCGAAUUCCAACCGUCCCUCCCCUCCGACCUAUCCCUGUCCCUCCCCGCGGUGCAGUCGGAGACCCUCUCAGAGGACGCCUCCACAUCCUUCCCCACCCUCCCCUCCCUCAACUCCCAGGCCUCCCAACCCUCCCUCUCUGGCCAACCCAUCCACACCAGCCCUCAACCUCCCACUGACGUCCACACGGAUGUAGUCAAGAAGGAGCUGAUGUCGCUCAUUGAGGACCAUCCAUACGUCAUGAGCGCGUCGGUCCUCUACUCCAAGCUGCAUCCGUCGCAGUCGAGGUUGAAGCGCAUCUGGCGAGAUAUCAAGCCUCGCCCAUCCCCGCCGGACAUUUACGGGGAUCAAAAGAAAAGGGCCGCCAACAAGAACCCGCCGCGGUACUACGGCGCCUCCCUUGAGGAAAUGAUGGGCGGGCCAGACCCCGGAUCCUCCAUGCAGACCAUCACCAGGGAUCGGAUGCCAGCUAUCAUGGUGCAGCUCAUUGAGUGGUUGCGCGCCGGAGAGCCGCCAGGAAUUGCCUCUGACGGCAUUUUCCGAAUGGGCAUCGGCAAGCUCAAGGUCGAGGGGUACCGCGACAUUAUUGAGAGUGGUGGCCAGCUCCCUUACAUCCCCACUCCGGACCCCAGAAAGGAGCCGCUCACUGCGCUCCAUAUCGGAGGACUGCUCAAGAUGUUCUUCCGAGAUCUCAAAGAGCCGCUCUUGACCCACCGGCUCUACAAACCGUUCAUCAAGGCCGCUGGCUUCACCGAUCAUGAGAAGCGGCUUCGGAUGCUGCAGCUCCUUGUGCAGCUCCUUCCCGCAGAACACCAAGCCGUGCUACAAUACUUGCUCGGCUUCCUCGCGGAUGUCGUCGCACUGUCCGGGGUCAACAGGAUGACCUCAAAGAAUGUAGCCACAUGCUUCGGCCCCAACAUUCUCCGGGAAAAAUACUACCGGAAGCCAACGGAGGAGGAUGUCAAGGAGCACUACGACCUGGUCGAAGUGGUGUCCUUCAUGAUAGACAACCAUGCGGACCUGUGGCAGGUGCCCGAGGACGUUCAGGCCAAGUUGCAGGUCGCGGCCACCGUGGCGCCAUCCCAGCCCACCUCAGAGAAGACCAAGACCAACCUCAUGUCGAGGUUCAUACCCCGCCGCCGGAGGUCGGCUUGAACUCUCUCCAAGCCCAAGUUUCUUUUAAUUGUUUUAUAUUAUUUUUAUAUUGUUUUAAUAGAGCGGGAUGUAUUAAGCUUGAAGUGUGA